CCACGAGCGCAGAGGAUCAUGGGACGGUUAGAAUGCCAAUUUCAGACCGUGGAUUUCGUCUCGGGAGGAAGUCACGAGAUUCAGGUGUUUAUUAUGACUCAUAAUCCAAACAUAACGCAGAAAAGGUGAUUGUAACUGAGACAUGAAACCUUAGGGAACAGUUUCACGUCACAAUGCUGCGAUGUUUUCCCCGUUUGAAGCGUUGUUUCGGUCCCCACUCCCACAGCUGGUUGUAGCGUCACUCUGAAAAUUAUAUCGAAACUUGGAGUUUGUAUUACGUUACGUGAAGACUGUGACCUCCUUGUUCAUGCGUCUUUGACUUAAGACAAUCAGUAGUGCUCUAAGCAUAACAGAUGGCGUCAUCGGAGGGUCACCAAGCCGAUGAGCUGACCGUCCCGAAGGACAGACUGGCGCUGUUGGUGCGAGCGCUGCCCAGGGUGCAGAGGACGCACGGGGUGACGGUCAGUCUGCUGCCCACCACGCCGGAGCUGUCACAGCAGUGGGUCAAGCUGGAGGGCCCUGGUACUGGACGUGCCAGGGCUAAGGAUUAUAUCAAGGCUCUGUGCAGUCCAGCAGUUGAGAUGGACGUCAGCUACUCCCGGCCGCUGCACUGCAUCUGGGCCGGGGCAGGGGGCGCUUGGCACCGCGCCGUGGAGAGCCUGUCGGGCGCGGCUGUCAUGGUGACGGACGUUGGAACGCUGCAUGUCAGCGGGACAGACCUGCAGGUGAUGAUGGCUGUCUCCACGCUAGAGAACCUCCAGUCUGUGUACAGGGGCAGUGAGAAGGCAGCAGCCACCAGGGAGAGUCUGGAUCAGGACCGCAGGUUCAGACGUCUGCUGCAGACCAUCGGCGACGGCUCCGUCUGUGAGCAGCUGCAGGACCUGCCUUCAGCUGUGAAACAAUUGCUGAUGGAGUGGAUUGAGGAGGGUGCAGAAGACGUGUCCAUGUCUCGAGAUUCUGGCAAGGAGUCUUCAGACAGCUCGCUUGAACUUGCGGAAAACGAACCUCCAAUGAAAAUCAGUGGUUUGAAGGAUCAACCAGAGAGCGAUGAUAGUGUCGAUGAAGAAGACAUGACAGCAAUGGGCAUUCCUUCUUUUAAUAGUGGCACUAUGUCAGACAAAGGAGAAGGCUGGGCAAACAACAUUCCUUCAGAAACUGGUCCUUUCCCACAGGCUAGCACUUCUAGAUUGUUUGGUUUUGGAGCGGAGGCUGCGGACGGUUCCCCUGAGGACAGAGUCAGUCAUCUCAAGACUGCGUCUCCCCACAUGCAGGACCACGAAAAUAUCCGGUUCCUGAAAAACUUUGCUGCGCGACUACAGAUCUCUGAAAAGCUUGUGGACCGCGCCAUUGCAGAUCUGGGUACGGAUGUGGACGUUAACACCUUGCUGGAUUACAUAGACAAACUUGAGUCCAGCGAUCAAAAUGGUGAGGAUGAUGAUUCGAUGGAAGUAGCAGAUGACAAGCAGCAAAAGAGACAAGCAAGCAGUGAUGAUGACAUUGUGGAGAUGCCGGUUUCCUCGGAGGGUGAAGCUGCUAAUAUAAAAAACACACCUAAAGUAAAUAGAACUGAGAACGCAGCAGAUGUGUCCACCAAGAAACCACACGACCAGGAAAACAUCAGAUUGCUGAAAAACUUUGCGAGAGAUUUCGAGAUACCCGAGCGUCUUGUGGACCGCGCCAUCGCAGACUUAGGGACUGAGGUUGACGUCAACACCAUGCUGGACCACAUAGCGAUGAUAAACUCUGGUGAAGAUGUCGUUGUCAUGGAAACAGGGGAUGACAAAGAGCAAAACAAAGUCAGUGAUGAUGAUGUCACUGGGGUACAGAACAGCAAAAAGACAGCAGAAGAAAGUGGUCAAAAGAGUGAAGGCAUCAGCUCCUCCUGUAAGAUCUGUCGAGACCUUGGGUACGACGAUGAGGAAAUAGCAAUGGCGGUGAGUAGAGUUGGUGAGGAGGCGAGUCUCCCUGCACUGCUUCAGGAGGUAAGAAAUAUCAACAGGGAGAGACAAAGAGGGAAAAAAGAGGGACGGGAAAGAACAAACUCUGGUGAGGCAUCGAACAAUAAAGCAGGAGGAGCUGUUGUUUUGCCUCAGACAAGAAGUUUCUUCCCCAGCAAUGUUCCUAGCAAGCCUGUGGAUGUGAGGUUGAGACCUCAGGCUCCCCAGAACAUGCCUACUGCACACUUCUUUCCUCCGUUAAGGUAUAACCCUUACAUGAACCAGGCGAUGGUGCGACCAGUGGCCCUCCUGCCGACCCCCCAGCGCGCCAUGGUGCGACCCUACCACAGCCUGGCUGCGGAGGUCCAGGCUGCACAAAACCGACAGCCUCAGGCCAGUAACUGGAACAGGACUCCUCUUAGUGCCACCCAGAGUGCUCCAGUCGGAACUGGAAACCCUCCCUUUCAAGUCGUCAGCCCGAAGAGGCAAGGCAGACAGUUCCAGGAGACGCCUGCUAACAUUGAGGAGAAAACAGCUGUACCGAAGCCGGUGGAGAAACCCCAGAAGAUGGGAGACUACCAGCUGGACCUGCCCGAUGGUCCGGGGGAUGACAACCUCCGACCAGUGGUCAUCGAUGGCAGUAAUGUUGCUAUGAGCCAUGGUAAAAAGAAGAACUUCUCCAGCCGUGGCAUCGCUAUCUGCGUGGAAUACUUCUGGAAACGGGGCCACCGUGACAUCACGGUUUUCGUGCCCAACUACCGAAAGGGGUGCUCAACAGAGACCAACCUGAUGAUCCUGCUAGAAGAGAAAGGUCUGCUCUCCUUCACACCAUCCAGACGCAUCAAGGGGAAAACUGUUGCCUCAUAUGAUGACAGGUACAUCGUACGUCUGGCGGCAGAGAAGGGAGGGGUGAUUGUGUCUAACGAUAAUUACAGGGACUUGCUGGACGAGUCUCAGGCUUGGAGGGAUGUUAUUGAGAACAGACUAUUGCUGUACACGUUUGUUGGUGACCGCUUCAUGCCCCCAGAUGACCCCUUAGGCAGAGAUGGGCCAAGUCUGGAUGAGUUAUUAAGGAAACCAUCUCAGAAAAGACACAGAGGUCACAACAUCCCACUACAAGGGCCCAAGGCCGCUCAUCCAGGGGUUUGGAACAACAACCUGCCAGCUGCUGUACUUGCUGCACCUGCCGCACCUGCCGCCACUAGUCCGGCCCAGCAGCAGCAGCUGUUUAAGGAGCUCAUGCAGGUGUUCCCAGGCCAGGAGGAGAAGAUCCAGCGUGUUCUGCAGAUGCACCCGGAGAUGGUGGACCUGAAUGCUGUCAGCGCCAUGGUGCUCGACGUGGAUGUCUGAUCCAGGGUUGUAGCCAGCCGGAAAUCAUUUUCCGUCCUCUUGAUUUUGAAUGGCUUUGGCGCAGCAUCCUAGGGGGUUCUGGGGGCAUGGUCUCAAGGAAAAUUGUGAAAUCUAGACCCUCUGAAAUGCUAUUUCCUGCAUUUUGAGGGUUAAAUUUUGCUCACAGAGGAUGGAAUGGGCA